CGCCCGGCUGGUGUGGCGUGAGUCAGCUGUUUCGAGAGUUUACGAGGAGUUGUAGGCAGUGUUAGCUGAGGCGCAUUAGGAGGUGUUUGGGAAAAACGGUCAAGGUAGUGUUUGGAUCCCCGGCGAGGCCAAGAGACUGAACCAUCUACGGCGUUAAAACCAUGGGCACCAAGUUUGAGUUCUCGAUUGACCGCGGUGGUACAUUCACCGAUAUCUACGCCCGGUGUCCGGGCGGUCGGGUGCGGACCCUGAAACUGCUCUCCUCGGAUCCGGACCGGUAUCCGGACGCGCCCACCGAGGGGAUCCGGCGGAUACUGGAACAGGAGACGGGCCGCCCGUUCCCGGCCGGUGAGCCGAUCGACACCAGUGCCAUCUCGUGGAUCCGGAUGGGAACUACGGUGGCCACUAACGCCCUGCUGGAGAAGAAGGGCGCGGAGAUGGCCCUGCUGAUCACAGCGGGGUUCAGGGACGUGCUGCACAUCGGCAACCAGGCGCGGCCCAAAAUAUUCGACCUGUCUGUAUCGUGUCCGGACGUACUCUACCGUGACGUGGUGGAGGUGGACGAGCGCCUCUUCCUGGCCUCGCCGAGAUGUCAGAUGAAGCACGACUACGAGCGGGUGACAGCGCGGUCAGGUCAGGAGCUGCUGGUGGUGCGCCGUCCGGACCUCAGCGCGCUAGAGCCCCAGCUGCAGGCCCUGCUGGACAGAGGCAUCACCAGCCUGGCCGUGGUGCUUAUGCAUUCCUACCUUUACCCCGACCACGAGCAGUUGGUGGGCGGUCUGGCGGCGCGGCUCGGGUUCACCCACGUCAGUCUCUCCUCCGAGGUGAUGUCGAUGGCCCGGCUGGUGCCGCGCGGGUUCACGGCAGCCGCUGACGCCUAUCUGACGCCGUGCAUCAAACACUACCUGAAGAGUUUCAGCUCUGGCUUCCGGGACGAGCUGCGCGGCGUCAAUGUGCUGUUUAUGCAGAGCGACGGCGGCCUGACGCCCAUGGACAGUUUUAACGGCUCGCGCGCCAUCCUGUCGGGCCCGGCCGGCGGCGUGGUCGGGUACGCCCAGACCACGCACCGGCGAGAGACACAGCUGGCCGUCAUCGGCUUCGACAUGGGCGGCACCAGUACCGACGUCAGCCGCUUCGACGGCGCCUUCGAGCACGUCUUCGAGUCGACCACCGCCGGCGUGGUCAUCCAGGCGCCCCAGCUGGACGUGAACACGGUGGCGGCUGGCGGCGGCUCGGUCCUCGCCUUCCGAGACGGGCUGUUCGCCGUGGGACCAGAGUCGGCCGGCGCCCACCCAGGUCCUGUGUGCUACAAGAAGGGCGGCCCGCUAACCGUCACCGACGCCAACCUGGUGCUGGGCCGUCUGCUGCCCGACUUUUUCCCGAGGAUAUUCGGGCCGAACGAGGACCAGCCGCUGGACAGUGCCGCCGCCUACACCCAGAUGCAGAACCUCACCAACGAUGUGAACAAGUUCCUGCAGUCGCAGAAGGGUGACGCGGUGUCGGAGCCGAUGUCAGUCGAGGAGGUCGCCAUGGGCUUCAUCAGGGUGGCCAACGAGACCAUGUGCCGGCCCAUCCGCAGUCUCACUCAGGCCCGCGGCCACGACACCUCUCAGCACGCGCUGGCCUGUUUCGGCGGCGCAGGAGGUCAGCACGCAUGCGCAAUAGCUCGCGCGCUCGGCAUGGGCACCGUGUUUGUGCACAGAUACGCCGGUAUCCUGUCAGCGUUCGGUAUGGCUCUGGCCGACGUGGUGCACGAGGCCCAGGAGCCGUGCGGACUACUCUACGGACCAGAUAAUUUCGCGUACUUUGACGAGCGACUGGUGGCUCUGUCAGAGGUGUGUCGCGAGAAACUGCGACAACAGGGCUUCACUGACGACAAGAUUGUGACCGAGGUACACCUGCACAUGCGAUACGACAAGACCGACUGUGCUCUGAUGAUCCAGCCCUCUGAAGCCGGGACGGACGCUCCCUCUCCAACCCACGGAGACUUCAUGGAGGCGUUCCUUCGAAGGUACCGCAAGGAGUUUGGGUUCGUGAUCAGCGACCGGGACGUGGUCGUGGAUGACGUCAGAGUGCGGGGGCGGGGCCUGGCCUCCGUGGACGAUGACGUCACACUGCCACCGGCACAGGCUCCGCCCUCUCCAAAAACGGAGACCAAGGUGUACUUUGUGGGCGGGUACCGCACGGUACAAGUGUACCUGCUCUCGGAGCUGGGGGCGGGACAGGAGAUUGCCGGUCCCGCCAUCAUUAUGGACUCUCUGAGCACCAUACUGGUGGAGCCAGACUGCACGGCGACCAUUACGUCGCGGGGUGACGUCAGAAUCCGGGUGGGUUCGGGGGCGCCGCCGAAAAUCGGUCCCGAGCUCGACUCGAUACAGCUGAGCAUCUUCGGACACCGGUUCAUGAGUCUGGCGGAGCAGAUGGGGAGGAUUCUGCAGCGUACCUCGAUAUCGACCAACAUCAAGGAGCGUCUGGACUUUUCGUGCGCGCUGUUCGGUCCGGACGGCGGUCUGGUCUCCAACGCGCCGCACAUCCCCGUGCACCUGGGCGCCAUGCAGGAGGCCGUCCAGUACCAGAUGCGCGCGCUGGGAUCCGACAUCCGUCCGGGUGACGUACUUCUCUCCAACCACCCGGCGGCGGGCGGAUCGCACCUGCCCGACCUGACCGUCAUCACGCCCGUGUUCUACCGCGACUCGUCGUCUCCGGUGUUUUUCGUGGCGUCGCGCGGCCACCACGCUGACAUUGGCGGCAUCACUCCGGGAUCCAUGCCGCCACACUCGACCUCGCUCCUCCAGGAGGGCGCCUGCUUCAAGUCGUUCAAGCUCGUCUCCGAGGGCGUCUUUCAGGAGCAGGAGCUGACAGAGGCGCUGAUGGCUCCUGGGAAGAUUCCGGGCAGCUCGGGAACCAGGAACCUCAGAGAUAACCUGAGCGACCUGCGCGCACAGGUGGCAGCAAACCAAAAGGGUAUCAGUCUGGUCGGCGAGCUGAUCGACCAGUACACGCUCCCGGUGGUCCAGGCGUACAUGGCCCACAUUCAGCACGCCGCGGAGCUGGCCGUGCGGGGAAUGCUGCGACAGAUCGGUGCAGAGGCGCGCCGCCGGUCCGGCGCAGCGCGGCUGCUCUGGGAAGACAGGAUGGAUGGGGGGAGUGUCAUACGACUGGAGGUGCAAAUUGAUGAGCAGGAGGGGUCGGCUGUGUUCGACUUCAGCGGCACCGGUUACGAGGUGUACGGCAACUGUAACGCGCCGCGGGCCAUCACCCUGUCUGCCGUCAUCUACUGUUUGCGCUGUAUGGUCGGACACGAUGUACCGCUCAACCAGGGCUGUCUGGCGCCGAUCCGUAUCCGGAUCCCGUCCGGAUCCCUGCUGGAUCCCUCAGAUACCGCCGCUGUGGUGGGCGGUAACGUGCUCACCUCCCAGCGGGUCGUGGACGUGGUUCUGGGCGCGUUCGGAGCCUGCGCCGCUAGCCAGGGGUGUAUGAACAAUGUGACGUUUGGCGACGGAGAGUUCGGGUACUACGAGACGGUGGCAGGGGGCGCCGGAGCGGGUCCCACGUGGCAUGGCCGCAGCGGUGUGCACAGUCACAUGACCAACACGCGCAUCACGGACCCGGAGAUAAUCGAGGCGCGCUACCCGGUGGUGGUCCAAAAGUUCUCACUGAACCCCGGCACGGGCGGAAACGGACGGCACAGGGGCGGCGACGGCGUCGUUCGGGAGCUGCUCUUCCGAAAGCCGCUGACACUGUCCAUACUGACAGAGCGGCGGGUCUUCCAGCCGUACGGCCUCAAAGGCGGCGGUGCUGGUCGCAGAGGACAGAAUCUGCUGCUUCACGCGGACGGCCGGACGGUAGACCUCGGCGCCAAAACCUCCGUGGACGUCCAGACUGGCGACACGUUCCGUCUGUUGACUCCCGGCGGCGGCGGUUUCGGCUCUCCUGACGACCCCAAGGAGGCGGGUGAGGAGCAGGAGCCGGCCCAGGAGAGACUCCAGACGUUCCUGGAGCGCGGCAGCCUGCACGACUACCAGCUGGCUCAGGAGUCUGUCUAGAGGUACAGGAGUCUGUGUAGGGCGCCUGAAGUCCCGGUAGAGGGGCUGGGGUCCGUGUUGGGAGUCCGUGUGGGGCGGCUUGAGUGAGUCCUGAGUCAUAAGGAAGGCGUCCAGGGGUGGUAUGCUUCCUUAUAGACAUGUGCUGGGAGUUCAUUUAUGCCAGUAGUCAGAACAUGACGAUUUCGAAGUAAAAACUUUAAAUACAAGCCGUUGGAUGCAAGACUCAAACUGCCACUUGCUGAAAUCUGAAACGACGAAUCGAAAAUGCGUAGCACGUCGGCUGUUCACAUUGUAUGCAAUAUGCACGACAUUAUUUACCUCUUUAUAUCGAACUCGGUAUAGAAACCUAUAACGAACUAUGGGUGUAGCUGAUGUUUCGGGAAUGUGUUUAGGGGCUUUAGUCAGAUCAUGUCUAGGCUUUCUCUGCAUAAUUAGUAGUUUCUGUGGGGGAAGAUGAGGAUAUUGUCCUAUGUAAUAGAGUCAUAAGACGGCCAUUGAUACCAGUGCCUUCAUGUAAGCUGUGCUCAGAUCUGAUCUUCCUUCCAUGUGCGCGUUUGUAUUUUACAGCGCUUUGCAAACAUGUUUAUUAUAAUUGGCACUUGCCACUUGCCAACACUCUAGUAAUCGUUGAAUGAUUAGGGGUUUAAAUCACUAACUGUAGAUUGUAUACGUGUAUGCGGUAUAGCAGAAUGUUUACUGAAUUAUCUAUGGCGGAUGUCGUUUAAAGGUGGGUUGUUAUGUGCUUACUGCUUAUGUACGUUUUUGUGUGACAAACUAUGUAGUAUUUGUCUACAUGAUCAGCCGCGAAGGUACAUCGGAGAAGUAUCUUAGUUCCCCACCAUCGAACUAUUAACGCAUUGUGGAUCUGUUGGAUGGUGUUGGAUUUUGCAUUUUUUCAUGUCAAGUAUUUUUUCUCACAAUCUUAUUUUCAUUUGGAUCACAGCGAAAAGGUCAUUUUGCGUGUGUUGUGGUCCGUAGCGUGCAAUCACCUUUGAUACGUGUGCAGUGCAAUGUUAACAAAUUGUGCCAUGGCCCAGCCAGUUUUGAUACAACCGUGUGCAAUAAUGCGUGCCGUAUCUCCGCCAGUAUUUCCCUGUGCCAGUGUUGAGCUAUGCCCGCUGCCGCCUUGUGAGUACGGUCGAUCCCACGCGGUAUUAUUGAUUUUGACGCUGUUUGUCGCGUUCUCCGUGUUAUCAACGGCACACAGCAGCGUUUUUAAUCGUACCGUGUGGUGUGUCCUCAUGCGGUCAGUCUUUUAAAAGUGGUUACUGUUUGGCCAAGCCCUGUGGAAAUGUAAUUAUCUCGACCAGUGGCAUUGUUAUUGCGUGAUAGUACGAUAAUAUAUUUUAACAGAUUGAAAACGA